CACUACUACCACCAUCGCCAUCAAGACUCUCGCAAAAAGUCUCUGAGUUACUCCAAACCAGUCUAAAAAAUGGAGGAGAUAGUUACUGUUGCUGGCACCCGCGCGCCCAUCAAAGACAGCCAGUGGAUGCCGCCGCAGUCGAUGUCCAAGCCGGCCAACGCCAUGGACAUCGAGGAGCAGGACAACGACCUUCCGGAACGGAGCACGUUGCGUCUCAUAGCUAUUUUCAGCGCUUUGGCACUCGCCCUCUUCACAGCGGCGCUCGACGUCACUAUCGUCGCCACUGUGCUCCCUACCAUCUCUUCUGACCUGGAGUCUGCGGCUGGCUACGUCUGGAUCGGCGGUGCCUACUUGUUGGGUAACUCAGCGGCCGUCAAUAUAUGGGCUAAUCUGUCGGAUAUCUGGGGCCGUAAGCCCAUCUUGCUGGCGGCUGUUCUUGUAUUCUGUGUGAGCUCUAUCAUCUGUGCCACAGCACACAAUAUUGGGGCCCUCAUCGUGGGGCGAGCUGUGCAGGGCAUUGCUAGCGGUGGGCUCAUGCAGCUCGUUAUGAUAGUCAUCUCGGAUCUCUUUAGUAUUCGUCGCCGCAGCCUCUUCAUGGGUCUCAUCGAAAUCGUCUGGGUCGUCGCUGCUGCUGUCGGCCCCGUCCUCGGCGGCGCCCUCACCGAGAAGCUGGGGUGGCGCUGGAUCUUCUGGAUCAACCUGCCGAUCUCUAGCGUUGCUUUCCUAGUGCUGUUGUUGUGUCUCAACGUGCAUAACCCCAAAACGCAGCUACGUGACGGACUUCGCGCUGUCGACUGGUCGGGUAGCGUUGCCCUCAUCGGCCUGUCCGUCAUGUUGCUCCUAGGUCUCAACUUUGGCGGUAUCACCUUCUCGUGGUCGUCGUCACAGGUUAUCUGCCUUAUUGUAUUCGGCGGCGUGAUGCUGCCUGUCUUUAUCCUCUGCGAGCGGCACAUUGCAAAGAUGCCACUGAUGCCACUGCACCUAUUUUCCAACCCGACCAAUGUCGCUUGCUUCGUGGUAACGUUUUGCCACGGCGCAGUUGUCCUAGGCACCGAGUGGUACUUGCCGCUUUUCUUCCAAUCGACACGCCUAGCCACGCCGCUCGAGUCUGGCUUGCUAAUCCUGCCCGUCGUCGUAUUGGAGUCCAUCAUGAGCUUCACCGUCGGCAUUAUUAUUCACAAAAUGGGCCGUUACCGUGAGAUUAUCUGGCUUGGCAACGUACUGACGCUGCUGGGUAUGGGGCUUUAUAUCGACCUCAAUACAGACUCAUCACUUGGCAAACUCAUUGCGUACCAGGUCGUCUCAGGUUCUGGUACGGGCAUGCUCUUUUUCGCACCACUGUUGGCCUUGCAUACCAACGUGUCACAGGCCGAUACAGCCACUGCCACGGCCACAUUCGGCUUCAUUCGCAACAUCGCUACCUCAGCCUCGGUCGUCAUCGGCGGCGCCAUUUUCCAGAACAGCAUGACAAGCCAGCAGGCGGCGCUAGUCAUCGCCGGACUACCUAGGGAGCUAACUGACGAGUUCACGGGUACUAGUGCUGCAGCCAACGUUUUGCGUAUUGCCCGUAUCGAAAACCCCGACCACCGGCGAGCGAUACAGGAUGCUUUCUCUAAUAGUAUGAGGAAUAUCUGGUGCUUGUAUACAGCCAUAGCGGCCAUCGGGGUUAUCUCGUGCCUCUUUAUCCGCAAGAACGUUAUGAGCAAGCAACACACGGAACACAAGACAGGUCUACGCGGAACAAAAGCAUAAAGCAGAGAUAGUUAUUUUCUCUAUUCUAGUAUUAAAUUAAAGGAUUGAGAAGAGAUUUUAAUAGUAAAGAAUAUAUAACGUGGCUCAGGGCGAGCGGCCCACACGGGCGAGUGGCCCGUCUUCCUCUAGCUUCGUGUAUAAAAAUAUAUAACUUAACAUUAAAUUUGGGUAAAUAUUUAUUACCCAGCACUAAAUCCAUAAUAUAGCUAACAACUAAAAUACCAAGAGUUAUAUAAGUCUUUUUCAUGGGCUUAUAUAACCGUAGAAGCUAGUAGCAGGUGCAUAAACGCCGAAGAUUCUCACGGCGAUUAAAGAG